AUGACAACAGACAGGAAAAGUUGGUUUGCGAGGCUGGGAAGAGAAAAAUCCAGCUCACCGCGGAGACAGAGCUUGACUCUCCUCUGCUCUUGGUUCUCCCUCUCGUGCGUAUACGGUUUAUUAUCUGGCUCAGGUCAGAGAGUCACAGAGGAGCCAGGGGAGGAAGUUGGAAGGAGGGACCAGUGAGUGCAGCAGCAGUGGUGGCGUGGUCGUGCGUGCAGCAGCAGCAGCAGCAGGGACAGGAUCCGAGGGCAGAUUCGCGAAACCGGAGAAUCUCUUCACUUCUGGCUUUUUUGCGCUCAAAGCUGCAGUUAUGCGCGCAAAGGGACGCAAGACACCAGUGGUGCUGCGUAAACCAGCUCAGGCGUGACUUCUUCUCUUUUAUUUUUGUGUUCCCCCCCCCACUGCCUGCUUUUGGAAAACAAAUUGGACAAGUAUGCUGUCAGCACAGGUAGUCAAGAGAAUCCCGGAAGAAGACGCUGUGCAGGUUCCCAGGUUCUUUGCAUAGCCUUCGCGUCUGUGCCAGAGCCGCCGAGCGUCCAUGGACUUUCUUUGUUCAAAAAGUCGCUGUUCUUCUUGAUUUGAACGCACAUUUAAACGGAGAGAAGAUGAAGGACCCGAGGAAGAAGACGCUGUACGUGGUGAUAGACGUGCUCUGCGUUUUAGUUGCGGCGCUGCCCUUCAUCAUCUUGACCAUUGUGUUCAAGCCGUACCAAAGAGGGGUUUACUGUGACGAUGAAAGCAUCAGGUACCCCUUAAAACCAGACACCAUCACCCAUUACAUGCUGGCAGCCGUCACCAUCUCCUGCACUGUCGUCAUUAUCUCCUCUGGAGAGGCGUACCUGGUGUACAGCAAGAGGAUCCACUCUAAUUCAGACUUUAACCAGUAUGUAGCCGCACUCUACAAAGUAGUGGGCACCUUCUUGUUUGGUGCGUCUGUCAGCCAGUCACUGACCGACCUCGCCAAGUUCACUAUCGGCCGUCCAAGACCCAACUUCAUGGCUGUAUGUGCCCCCAAAGUCUGCACAGGAUAUAUGCACGUAAUCAACUGCACCGGCAGACUACAGGACGUCACAGAGUCCAGAUUGUCCUUCUACUCCGGUCACUCCUCUUUUGGGAUGUACUGUAUGCUUUUCCUCGCACUCUACGUGCAGGCGAGACUGGUGGCUAAGUGGGCCAGACUUCUCCGGCCCACCAUCCAGUUCUUCCUGGUAGCCUUUGCGUUGUAUGUGGGUUACACCCGAGUCUCUGAUUACAAGCACCACUGGAGCGACGUUCUGGUGGGUCUGCUGCAGGGAGCGCUCGUUGCUGUACUCAACGUGCGCUUUGUGUCCGACUUCUUUAAAAAGCGUCCUCCACGUUGCACCAGGGCAGAGCCAGUGGAUAGUGAGGAGCCGGAGAGGAAACCCAGCCUGCAGAUGACAGACUCCGAGCACACCAACCAUUACAACUAUCACCACAAUCCCGGCCCUGUGUGAUCGGCGGCUGACGCUGGGGGAGAAAGUUCUGCGGCCUGCAGACCCCAAACCUGCGUGACGGGAUCCACCUCAGAGGCCUCAGCCUUUAUCGUGCAUGUGCACUUUGACAGUAAAGAGAAGAGUCGGAGUCACCUGCAGUCCUGACGCUGUAGGCUCGAUGUAAUAUAGAAAGUUAUAUGGCUGAAAUGUUCAAUUUUGGCUGCAUGAGUUCCAGUCUGAGUGUGAGAGUGAAUGGUUGUUUGUCUCUACAUGUGUCCCUGUGAUGGACUGGUGACCCGUCCAGGGUGUGACCCCCCCCGCGACCUUGUGUGGAGGAUAAAGUGGUAGAAGAUGAGUGAGUGAAUGAGUCCCAGUCUGCAACCAGUCCUUUGCAUCUCUGUCUGCAUCUGGUCUGUAGCGUGCAGCCUUUAAGCCCCCAGCGCUCCCCCUUUUUUUAUGUGUCAACCACUCACAACCCACCUGCUCCCCCAACCACUGGACUGACUGAGGGGGCCAGGUCCUGGACCCCCCCUCUUAAAAAGACACCAUGUUGACCUCCUCUUCUCCUGUAAGAGAGAACGGAGCACGUUGUUUGUACGACAUCGUUAUCGAUGUUAAAGUGUAUUUGCUUAAAUCUGCAUUGAGGGAAAAUCUGCAAAACUACAGCAACAAAGCUAUGGUAUACUUUUAGCCUGUUAAGUGCAGGGAAAACACAGGCCUGCUAAUUACUGCUCUUCCAACGAAUGUAAGUCUGAUAUUCUCUCCUCGCCACCAAGUUUCACCCAAUUAAACAGACACAUUUUAAAAUGAAACUGUUUCCAUCAUGGUACAGUUCGGUUUGGUACAGGUCGGGUCAGGCUUGUGUUUCGACGGUGCGACGACAUCGAAUGCGACACAGCAGCUGACAACAAUGGAGGACAUCCAGCAGCUUUAUUUUUUUUUUUUUCUAACUCUGUGACCAACACGUCAAACUUUGUAAGAGAACACACUGCAGACGGUUUCUCCUGUCGCCCAAUCAGCUGGUCUUCUGUACCAUUAUUCUCUGGUACCCCAAGGGACGGGUGCCAAAAAAAUGGAACCAUUGGGGCCAGUUAUUUUAGUACUAAUGGAAAUGCAAGAAAAUAUGUACUAUACUGUACCAAACCGAAUCGUUCCACGCGUUUGGAUUUUGGUAGUGCCUUAAAAAGCAGUAUAUAUAUAUAUAUAUAUAUAUGUUAUAUGUACACACAUAUAUAUGUGUCUAUAUGUAUAUAUAUAUAUAUAUACAUAUGUGUAUAUGUUUAUACAUAUAUAUAGUAUUUAUAUAUGUAUAUAUCUACAUUAAUAUCGACUGUAUUGCUGGAGCUUCAUCAUUUUUUUAAUGUUUUUAAUUUCCGUAUGUCUAGAAGUAAAUGGAUUUAAUUUUAGAGCACCUUAACCUUGGUUACACACCAGGAAAACUGACAAAAGCAAAUCUGCAUGUUGUUGACAAAGGUUCACAGUGGACAAGCUCACAGAAUGAAAACGCCAGACCCAGGACAUUCACAGUGACAGUAGCUGAAAGAACGUGACAAGCUUAUGCUGCAGAGAAAUCUUUGAUUUGACACCGAAGCGUCUGGAUAUGUAGCGCGACAGACGAUAAGAUGUUUUGAAGUGAUUAUGCACGCGUGAUGUUGUCAAGUGAUUCAUUGUUGAGUCUGAUUCACUAGUACCACUCUAAGCAGAUUUGUUUUAUCCUUGUUAGGACACAUAAGUCUUUCACCGUUCAGAUUCACCAUCAUCAGUAGUCACGCUUUUCUAAAAUGUAUAAAGUUUAAUGUCAAUUUUGGGUUUUAUGAUUCCUUCAUAUUUCCCUUGUGUGUAAUGGACUGCAGAGGUAGAAAUCAUUGAUGCGGAUGAUUUGAGUACUGGUGAACUGCAUGCAUCAAACCACUACGAUAUUGCCAAUCAUAAUAGCGUUUUAACAAAUUUGCCUGUUAUUGUUCCCUCUGUCUGAUUGUGUUUUUUUAUAACUUCUCCGUAGAAAAACAGUGAUUGAAGGAGGAUGAGACAACCAUUUUGAAAAUGGGGUUUUAAUUUAUUUUAAAUGCAUAGACUUUCUUUCUUCUUUUUUUUAUUAUUAUUAAACUUAAUAAGGUUGGAAUUGCCAGCGCUGUUAAGGUUAUUGUGCAAUCACCCCUGCUUGCCACUAUGAGCCACAAAUACUACUAAUUCUACGAGACUAUCAUGCUCUGUGAAGGAUGUACAUAUGCUUGUGUGUGUGUGUGUGUGUUUGGUACCUUUUUAAUUCACCUGUACAGUGAGCUUGUGGCCUGUGCCUUCACAGACUGGUCCCCAGUGGGGUUACCACACAAAAGGAUCCAAUUCCACGUCUAAACAUAAGCCAGAUGCCUUUGCAUGGCCUUUAAAGGGAUGUUGUAAUGAUAAUUGGUUACAUAUCCAACUGCGCUUUUUUUGAAGCUGCAACACGGCUCCAUUCCCACUUCAAAGAAUGUCCGACGCUCCCUUUUUUCCUUCCUGUGUUGAUAGAUGGGGUUAGAUUGUGAAUGAGUCCUUGUACAGCAUGCAGUGUUCUGAAGAGACGGAUUGAUGCAGGGCAGAGACGUGACGAUGGAGGGAGUCUCACCUGAUAGUCAUUGUGAGGCCCUAAAGGUGAGCUCGGUUCUGGGAAAAGGCAGGGUACUUGAGGCUUUGGGGUGUGGGGUAUCCCAUGGUAAACCUUGGUCUCUGGCUGCAUUCACACAUUUGAAGCAGAUUUUAAAGAAGAAAACAUCUGGAAGUGGUUGAGGUGAAGUGCUGUGCAGGCUCCCUCCCAUGCCCCCUUCAUCUAAAUCAUCUGUGCAUUACUGCAGCCAGACUAAUAACCAAAAUGAGGAGGAAGUAGGAAUGUCACAGCAUUUUUAUUACCCCUUUAGUUCUUGCAGAAACCCAGGUUCUCAGCUGGUAAUGUGGCUCCAUGUGUUUUUUUUAUGUUUUACCUGAUUAGUGCUUCAGAAUGGGCACUGGUCGGCCAAUUGUUUUUUUGUUUUUUUUUCAAAUUUCAGCUUGUUGGCGAUGCCGUGUUUGCUUUUGUGUAUAGAUUAUAUCUAUCAUCUUUACAUCAGAGAAUUUUAAAUAAAGAUAUAAUCCACAACCAGA